UUUCUUCGUGGUCGAAAUUGAGGUCGAGCCAAACAAUCCUGCCCGACAACAUGUUUGAUGAUCAAGACCUCGGCUUCUUUGCCAAUUUUCUUGGCGUCUUCAUUUUUGCACUGGUGAUAGCAUACCAUUAUGUGAUGGCUGACCCGAAAUAUGAAGGGAACUGAGGUUUUGUCGUAUUUUGAUGUGUUCACAAUAGUGAUGUCAAACUAUUUUGUAGACUGAGCUGUUUCAUGAGUGGAUAUAACUUGUAGUCAAA